CCCCUCAGCUCCGCCCUCUUUCUCGUCCUGCUUUACCGCUGGUAGAGGUGCAACUACUUAUCGGUCGUCCCGAAUCUGGGUUCAUCCGACACCGAAACCGGCCCGAGUGAAGCGGACUGCCCCUAGUAUUCUGCCGCCAUGCCUCCCAAAUUCGACCCCACCGAGAUUAAAGUCGGUACGUGUGUAUUUCUGGGCCUGUCCCACAGCCGAGCCCGCACGCCUGAGCCCGGCCGCCCCAGCAGGCCGCAGCCACGGUACUUGGGAUCCUCCGGCUGCCUUCCCGUGGGGUAACGCUUCUACCGGGGCAUGUUCCUGAGAUGUACUGGUGGGGAGGUGGGAGCCACUUCUGCUCUGGCCCCUAAAAUCGGACCUUUGGGUUUGUCUCCCAAAAAAGUGGGGGAUGACAUUGCCAAGGCUACCGGUGACUGGAAGGGGCUGAGGAUCACAGUCAAACUGACCAUCCAGAACAGACAGGCCCAGAUUGAGGUUGUGCCAUCUGCCUCCGCCCUGAUCAUUAAAGCCCUGAAGGAGCCUCCCCGUGACAGGAAGAAGCAGAAGAACAUUAAACACAACGGCAACAUCUCCAUGGACGAAGUGAUCAGCAUCGCCCGCCAGAUGAGGCACCGAUCCCUGGCCAGGGAGCUUUCCGGAACCAUUAAGGAGAUCCUGGGAACCGCACAGUCCGUAGGGUGCAACGUGGAUGGGAGACACCCCCAUGACAUCAUUGACGACAUCAACAGCGGCGCAGUAGAGUGCCCGGCGGUAAGUAAGCCCCUCUCUCAUUGGCUGCUUGUGGAUUUAGUAGCCGCGUUGCUACAGUCGUGCCUGUGGGUAGCGACCUGUAUGGCAGCCCCUUCAUUUCUGUUCUUUCUCUCCACAGAGCUAAACCUGCCCUGGGAGCCAAUGGGAUUCCUCAAUAAAGAGAGAUUAACAGUCAGCUGUCUUGUGGUUUUUCAUUGGUUUAGGCCCUUUAUUUGGCUUUGGGUUUGCAGUUCUGGUGCCGGGGGGGGGGUUGAUUGGCUUUAAUGGAAGAAGACCUCUUGCAGUUGGUCUGUUUUUGUGGUUUCAGUUUAGCAUCUCUCCAUUUUUUGGGAAUUUCAGCACUUAUCUGGUUGUUAGGGUCCAAAUUACCCUAGCAACCAG